UUCCAACAAAUAAAACUCCCAACAAAUAUUCAACUAUAUAGUUUAUUAAGAAGAGUUCAACAAUUCAAUUAAAAUUUGUAAAUGAUGGUGUUAAUCACUGAAAUAUAAUUAAAACAAAUAACUAAAAAUAGAAAAACCUACAAUAUUAAUUAAAGUAAAAUUAAACUAUUAAAAAAAUCUCAUUAAUAUUAAAUUAUAAUAAAAAAAAUAAUUUCAAGCCUUAUGCCCGAAAUUAAUUAAAAAUAAAAUUGAAUACUAAUCCAAAAAUAAAUUAUUUAACUCCUGCAACAAACAACAUACAUACUAAUUAUAAAAUAUUAAAUUUAUAAAAUUUGAGCAAAUCAAUAAAGUAAUAAAAAAAUUAAUACUGUAUAAAAAAAGUGUGAGCAAAAACAGCAAAUAAUAAAUAUACAAAAUGGCUUGGGGGUAUUGGAGUGCAACAACAGUUGAUCGUGGUCGUUCACCACGACGGCAAACAGCUUGUACAUUGCCACCAGUUAAUGCAGUACCACAAGCGGAACCGCCAUUACCUGCAGCAUCAGCAUCGGCCAAUACUUGUUACAGUCCCACAUGUCGUAGUCGAUGCAGUAGUCCAUGUCAUAGCCCAUGUCCAGAUAGUCCAUGUCAAUCAAUAACACCUCCACCACCACCAUUAACACCGGGGGGAAAUGGAGGUGGCGGCGGCGGCGGAAUCGGAAAUAAUGGAACUGGAAUGUCUGAACGCAAUGGUAAUACUGGUAAUAAUAAUAGUGGAAUAGGUGGUAAUGGUAUUAAUAUCAGUGGUAUUGGUGGUGGUAGUAGUGUUAUUGGAUUAGGUGGAAUAUGUACAUCACAACAGUGUCAACAGCAGCAACAGCAACAACAACAACAUCAACAAAUCUUACCACCAGAUGAAUAUUCAUCAAGAAGGCAAUCAUUAGAUCGUUUAGAUAGUCCACAGGCAAAUCAACUAUCGGAUAUAUUAUGCCGUGGUGCGGUGGUAUCAUCAAUUCAAUCAGCUAAUAAUACAUUGACACGUGGAGCAUCAUUACGUAGUGGUGGUGGAUCUUCUGGUGGUGGUGGUAGUGGUGGAUCUAUUGGUAGUAGUUUACCACCUCCACCUUUACCAUUAGGUAUGCAAACAGGUAGCGGUAGUCAAGGAAUAUUAGCAAGCUCACUAGAUACAGGUGAUUAUGAUGUACCGCAUCCACAUCCUUAUACUCAUCAUUAUAUGCAAACAACAUCAGUAACUCCACCUCAUUCGGCGAUGAGUCUUGUUAGUUCCCGACCUGGUUCAGCUGGAGGAUCUGGACAUGGUUCAGCUUCAGGAUCAGGUUCAAGUCCUGGUUGUAGUGUAAUUGCCAGUAAUGCUAUGAUUGGUCAAAUGAGUGCUGGUAGUGUUGGAAGUAUUGGCCGAUGUGCAAGUCGUUGUACAAAUAAUGAUGAUGGCGGAGGUGGCGGUGGUGGUAGUGUUGGCGGUGGUGGUGGUUCUAGCGGUAGUCAUCAUAGUCAUAGUGGACGUAAUAGUGUAAUGGCGCGUAGUGAAUGCAGUGAUAUGCAUGAUGAUGGCUUAAGUGGUAUGGGCAUUGGUGGUAGUGGUAGCGGUGGUGGUGGUGGUAGCACAAGUACUAUUGGUGGUAUUGGGCAUUCACAUGGACGUGUUGGUGGUAUUAGGCAUUAUCAUCAUGAAUGUAUUCAUUAUGAAAGAUUACCUAUUCCUGUGCCAAUACCAACGGUACCGCCUCCACCACCCCCGCAUCAGUUACAAUCAGAAGAAGAAAUUGAACCAGCUUAUGCUACAGGUAAGUGAACCUUUUCAUAUCCA